AAAAACCUCCCAGAAUUCCACGUUUCCUCUCCUCUCUCACUGCUUCCUCUCAGAAUCUCAGGCUCUCAGCCCCACCACCCUCCCCUCCCCCUCUCCUCCCCUUCGCCCUUUUUCCCCUCUGUAUCUCUCUAAAUAGCCUAGUCAACCUCAAGUCUUCCCUGCUUUGUUCCAUAUUAAACCAACACCAUUCUCUCUUCCUUUUCGAUCGCCUGUCUAGCUCUCUACUUUUUCUCUUUUUUUACAAUGAUCAAUCCCCAUCUUCGAAUGUGGGAAACUCAAAUACUUGCUAUUUCAGCCCAACUACAACAUUGCUGAUCAAAAUAAUAACCCAUUUUCAACAAUAGGUCUCUUUAAAAGUAUCAACGCAUAUGACUAGGAGGUAGAUCAUAUAUAUCGACUUCCUAUGAGGUACAUGAUGAUUAUUUCCUAUUUCAUAACCCACUCCCAUGCAAUGCCUUGAAUGCUGAUCUCUUCCCACAUUUCCACUACUCCAAAACCAUUCUUUCUCGAUCGGCCAUCAUAUCAAAAUUUGAUACCCUCAAGUGAAAGUGAGGGUAAGAGAUCUAUUUAAAGCGCCACUUUACUCGCCUACGCUUCCUGUUCCAUUGCAUAGUUCUCCAUUUAUAACCCCUUCAUUCUGAUCUACGAACACAGAGAGAGAGAGAGAGAGAGCCUUCGUGCCUUUGUUCUGUCAACAUGUGGAUGAUGGGUUAUACUGAUGAUGGGGAGUUCAACCUUCCUGAUUCAUUCAAUGGCCGGAAACUUCGGCCUCUCAUUCCAAGGCCUUUGCUAUCUGCCAACAACAAUUCAACAACCACGCCAUCUUGCUUGAGCCGUCUUCAUGGCACCGAUUUUUUUUCACAAUGUCACCAUCUGACUCAUGUGGCGGAACAAAACAAGAGAGACUACAAUACUCCACCCGUUGUAGUGAGCUCAAGGUGGAAUCCGACACCGGAGCAGUUGAGGGCACUGGAAGAAUUAUAUCGACGUGGGACGCGGACUCCUUCGGCCGAGCAAAUUCAGCAUAUUACUGCACAGCUUCGAAGACACGGUAAGAUUGAAGGGAAGAAUGUUUUCUACUGGUUCCAAAAUCACAAGGCGCGAGAGAGGCAGAAACGCCGUCGUCAAAUGGAAUCGGCUUCCGACGAGCACCACUGCGAUAUUGAAACCUUAGAGAGGAAAGAAUUAGGGGCAGGCUGCAUGAAGACAGUCUUUGAAGUUGAACAGACCAGGAACUGGGCACCCUAUACGAACUGCAGUAUUCUGGCAGAGGAAUCUGUUUCAGUCCAAAAGUCAGCAAAAGCAGCAGCAUUGGCAGAAUGUAGGACAGAUGGGUGGAUCCAAUUCGAUGAAGGAGAAUUACAACAAAGAAGAAACUUUGUGGAAACGAAUGCCACGUUGCAGAUGAUGCAGUCGUCUUGUUGUGCUCCUCCCACCCACCUCAUUUACACCCCUACUUUAUCUGCUGCUACUUCUAAUAUUACUACUACGACCACUAAGGCCCCAGCAACAGUAAGAACAAUUGACCAAAAGUUCAUUAAGACUCGUGACCUGAACAUCUUUAUGGCACCCUACAGAGAAAGUAGUCAUAACCUCUUGGACAGUGUCAGCAAUGAACAAGAUAGCUGUGGGGAUUCACAAACCCUUCAACUGUUCCCUCUUCAGAGCAUCAGGGAUGUCAACGACAACAUUAACGACAGAGAAACUGAGAUAUCGGAUUCAGCCAUGAAUGCCAACUUCACACCUUUCCAGUUUUUUGAGUUCCUUCCAUUGAAAAACUAAACCACAUCAACAUGCAUGGAAAUGCAGGCUAUGUAUGGAAGAUGAUAGGUUGAGUUGGGAUGUUGUAAUCUUGUCGGAAAAUGGAACUUGCUUGUUUUUAAUCAUGGUAGUCGUGCUCAACGAUGUUGGUUUUUCUUCAAUAUUGUAGCUGCUUUGAAACCUUCCAUUGACGUAGGAAAGCAGCUUCAAUUUACCACUUCAUCCAUUUGACUAGGGAUGACAAAUCUAGAACAAUAUUUUUCUUGAUAGUUAGUAUAAUUCUUAAAUAACUAUUUGUAAUUGCGUGAUAGUUUCCACGCUAAGCUUUAGAUCAGAAGUUGAUUGACUAUGCUUGAA